GUGUUGAUGAAAGAAGCAAAACAAGUCAUGAUUGAGGUCCAUGAAGGGAUACGUGGGACACAUGCAAAUGGAAGAAUGCUUGCUAGAAAGAUUCUCUAAGCCGAGUACUAUUGGUUGACUAUGGAACAUGACUGCAUCAAAUAUGCACGAGCUUGUCACAAAUGUGAAAUCUAUGUCGAUCAUUUUAAUGCUUCGCCUUCAUUACUACAUAAUAUAUCUGCCCCUUGGCCAUUCUCCAUGCGAGGCAUUGAUGUGAUUGGGGCAAUUAAUCCUAAAGCUUCCAAUGGUCAUCAAUUUAUCUUGGUUGCUAUUGAUUAUUUUACCAAAUGGGUAGAAGCAACAUCUUAUGCUAGUGUUACCAAGAAGGUGGUCACUCGCUUCAUCAAAAAGGAAAUCAUCUGCAGAUAUGGACAACCAAAGGCUAUCAUUAUGAAUAAUGCAAGCAAUUUGAACAAUGACAUGAUGAUUGCGUUAUUCAAGCAAUUCAAGAUCAAGCAUUUGAACUCUUCUCCAUAUCGACCAAAGAUGAAUGGUGCAGUAGAAGCUACCAACAAGAAUAUUAAGAAGAUUCUAGCUAAAAUGGUAGUCACUUACAAAGAUUGGCAUGAAAUGUUGCCAUAUGCUCUCCAUGCUUAUAGAACCUCUAUUCGCACUUCAACUGGGGCAACACCUUAUUCCUUGGUAUAUGGAAUGGAGGCAGUAUUACCAAUUAAGCUAGAAAUUCCUUCUAUGAGAAUCUUAUUCAAGUUAGGGAUUGAUGUAGAAGACUUGAUUAAGAAAAGGAUAGAUUAUCCCAAUUUGCUUGAUGAAAAAAGAUUGGUAGCUCUUUGUCAUGGCCAAUGUUAUCAAUGACAAAUGGUAGUAGCUUACAAAAAGAAAGUCAGACCUAGAAU